AUGCCGGCUCCAGCCAUGUUUUCGAAAUUUAAGUAUGUUGGAAGCGGCGCAUCCGCCCAACAAAACAUUCUCGAUAACAAUCCGAUAUCGCAAUUUUUCGAAGUUGGAAAACAAACUUCUAGUGCCGGACCGGAACUCAUAUGGAAAAUUCACGAUGCUUAUCGGAAAAGCGACGGAAAAUUGAUUUUUGAAUACGUGAAACGGUAA